AUGUACAGGAUUAUCAGGGAGGCCAUGUUGGAUUUAGAGAGUCAUCUGAUUUUCUUUUUAACCAAACCCCAGAGAUGGACCCCCUGGACAGAGCUCAAGUUCUCCUCCUCUGUGACCUGUGUCAAAGAGCUGCAUUACAGAGUCAUUGUGAACUUUGUCAGAUUAACCUGUGUAAGGCCUGUGUACAGUAGCAUCUCUCGGGAUCGCCAAAAACAUAGAGUCGUACCAUAUAAAGAAAGAACCUCAACUCCUAAUAAUCCAAAAUGUCACAUGCAUUCCAAGAACUGUGAACUUUACUGUGAGCAAUGUGACAUUCCUGUCUGUUCUAACUGUCUGUCCACGGGUAAACAUAAAGAACACCCACUAUCCGAUGUUUUACAAAAACUCAACUUCAAAACAAAAGACUUGGAAAAUGAAUUAAAAGAACUUGAGACAAGAAUUUACCCCAAAUAUGAAGAAAUUGCAUCAGACAUAAGAUCCAAGAAAGACAACUUGGAAACACACUACAGUAAAUUAACAACAGCUGUCACCACACAAGGUGAAGACAGGCAUAGAGAAAUUAACAUUAUUGUUAACAAACAGAAAUCUGAAAUUGAUGAGAUGAAAACUCAACACCUGGCAGCUCUAAAUAAACAGGAAAAUGAAAUCAAACAGAUUGCCGCAAAAGUGAAUCAGUACAUACUCGAUCUGAAGGAAAUACUCGACUGCAAUGAAGCGUCUUUAACCUUUGCGUACAAAUCCAGAAAUGCAGAGUUCAGAUAUUUACCUCCAGACCUCAAUGUAUCAUUACCAGAUUUCUCUCCUCGUCAGAUCAACACAGAAGAGCUCCGUAAAUUGUUAGGUUUUCUGUCACCAUUAUCCAUUACAAUAGAAGAUUGUGUGUACACAUUCAAACCACUGCUUGAUGAACCAGAGCUCAUUGCCACCAUAGACACUGGGUAUGCAAAUCUUAACAGUGUUGCCUGUCUCAGUGAUGAAAAUAUCUGGACAUGUGGUGAUGACAAAAUUAUUAAACUCUACAACUUCAAGGGCAAACUACUGAAGUCAAUCAAAACCAAGUCAAGGAGAUGGCCAGUUGACUUAACAGUGACAAGGUGUGGAGAUCUAGUUUAUACUGAUAGUGAAACAAGAACUGUAAACAUAGUGAAGAAAAAACAAAUACAGGAAGUGAUCAAACUACAGGGAUGGAAACCUUACUUUGUUAGUAGUACCUCUUCUGGUGACCUCCUGGUUAUUAUGGACAGUGAAGAUAAAAAGCAAUCAAAGGUUGUCCGUUAUUCUGGCUCUGCAGAGAAACAAACCAUUCAGUUUGAUAGUGAAGGUAAACCUCUGUAUUUAACUGGAGACACUAAACACAUAAGUGAGAGCAGGAACCUAGAUAUCUGUGUAGCUGACUGGGGAGCCCGCGCAGUAGUGGUGGUUAAUCAGGCAGGAAAACUCCGAUUUAGAUACACUGGUCAUCCCUCUACUAACAAGGGAUCAUUUGAUCCAUACAGCAUCACAACAGACAGUCAGAGUCAGAUCCUGACAGCAGACAUUGGUAACGACUGUAUCCACAUCCUAGAUCAGGACGGACAGUUCCUCCGUUACAUUGAUAAUUGUGAUCUACACGAUCCAUCGGAUUUAUGCACAGACUCUAGAGACAACCUGUUUGUAGCUGAGUGGAAAAGUGGUAAAGUGAAGAAAAUCAAAUACAUGUAA